AUGUCUCAAGUCAGUGCGGAGUUCACCCACAAGAGCUCCUCCAGUUCUGAGUCUGGCAACCUGCUCACGCCAGAUCUCGUCGAUCAGCAGCUCUCGUCUGACGAGGCCGAUGCGGACGAGCCUGGCGCAGUUCGCAACCUUCCAUUAGCGCCUGAGGCAGGUCCACAGACAGACAUUGGAUCUGCCGAUGGUCAGCUGCCGGUCACACUCGCGCCAGCGUUAGAAGCAGCGAACGAUGUGGACGAAAAUGAACCUGGCGCUAGCGAAGACGACGACGACAGCGGUAACGACGACCGCCCCUCUCCUCGGUGCAGGAAAGAAGUUGUUCAGGAAGUUGACAGAGCGCAGGCUGCAGCUUCUGAUCACCAGCGCACGGUCGAGUUGCAGCAGGAGACACUGGCGGACGUUCGGUGGCAACUGGAGGAGAGCCAGCGGGCGAAUCAACUGCUCCGGGCGAGCAGCUCUGCCCCAACUUCCGCGCUGCCCCCAGCGAGCCGUAGCCCCAACGCUGAGGUCAACGUUGCAAGUACUUCACGGGGCCACAACGUGGCCCGUUCAACUAUGGCGCCUGCGGUCGCACAUGUGGCGGUCGGACGAUCGCUGGCAACAUCCACGAUUCCUGCGCCGCUCGCGCCAAACGCCUCUCGCUCACUUGUCGCCCCCCUCGCUCAUCCGGGACCCCCAGCACCUCGACUGGCUGCUCUUGAAACUUCGCCCAAGCUUCCGGAAUCGCUUACCGAGCUCACCUUUUUCACGGCAAAGUGCAACCAAGCGGUUCUGUACUUCAUUGCUGAAGCUCCCCCGAGGGAGAUUAACUUCUGGCCUGAGCCGCAGGAGUUGAGGCAGCAACUCAUCCGUACGUAUCGGAUGGUGAACGUUUCCGAGGAAACGUUCAACCUUGUCAUGAAUUCUCACCCGGAACGGGAGAGGAUUCUUAAAGACAAGGUCGGCGAGCGUCGGGGCAACCUCUUCACGCAGGUCAAGACGUGGGCACAUGGGCCAGGCGGGUUCGUCAGGGAAUCGAAGAUUCCCAUGUUGGCUGCUGAGAACAUGGCGCCGGUGCAGCGCCGCAACGUCCAGCAGUGGCACCUUUUCUAUUUUGAUGCCGUUUAUGGCAGCAAGUGGCACUGCGAUCCUGACACGGGGCGCCCGUUUGCCAACAAGGCGUUUGAUAUGGCGCUCUGCAAGGGACUUGGCGGUCGCAGGUGUAAGACGAUGUUUGCCAAGAUCCUAGUGGUGGCAACGAUUUGCCAUGUGGUUGAAUGGCCCAUGGCAAAUGCUGGGAGCCGUGACACGCCUGCCCUAGAUGGCAGUGACUCCAACAACAGGAGGGAAGUGCAGCUGAAAGUGGGGGUGAUCAUUGAUUGGAUUAAGGAUAGGUUAUCCCGGGGGGAUAAUAUCUAUCGCGACACUGCCCCUGCAGGCUUUCAGAUGGGAGCAAACCCGUUAGUGCGUAUUGUGAUCGCAGGGUUUGAGGACGAGUUUGCUGGGUUGCUGCCAUAA